CCCCGCCCACCGCUCUUUUCCAUUGGCUGCCUCGAAAUAGACCACGCCCCCAAACGGCUCCGGUGACUACGGGAAGUACACGGCGAGUGCCGGAAGUGCCGCUGUGCGCCGCGCCAUGGCGGGGAGAACGUGAUUUAUUUCGGCCUCCUGCCCCUUGUGUUCCAAUGGCCCACAUCACCAUAAACCAGUACCUGCAACAGGUGCAAGAAGCGAUUGACAGCAGAGAUGGGCAGUUCUGUGCAGAAUUGGUGUCAUUUAAACAUCCACAUGUUGCAAAUCCAAGGCUUCAGCUUCCAUCUCCAGAGGAAAAGUGUCAACAGGUUUUGGAACCACCAUAUGAUGAAAUGUUUGCAGCUCACUUAAGAUGUACUUACGCCGUUGGAAACCAUGACUUUAUAGAAGCAUACAAGUGCCAAACAGUUAUUGUUCAAUCUUUCCUGCGAGCAUUUCAGGCACAUAAAGAAGAAAACUGGGCAUUACCUAUUAUGUAUGCUGUAGCCCUUGAUCUCCGAAUUUUUGCUAAUAAUGCAGAUCAACAGCUGGUGAAGAAGGGGAAAAGCAAAGUUGGCGACAUGCUGGAAAAAGCAGCAGAACUGCUGAUGAGCUGUUUUCGAGUCUGUGCCAGUGACACUCGAGCAGGAAUUGAAGAUUCCAAAAAGUGGGGCAUGUUGUUUCUUGUGAAUCAGCUGUUCAAAAUUUAUUUUAAGAUCAAUAAGCUCCAUCUGUGUAAGCCCUUAAUUAGAGCAAUUGACAGUUCAAACCUGAAGGAUGAAUAUAGUAUGGCACAGCGAGUUACAUACAGAUACUACGUUGGACGCAAAGCCAUGUUUGACAGCGACUUUAAGCAAGCUGAAGAGUAUCUGUCAUUUGCUUUUGAGCACUGUCACCGUUCAAGCCAGAAAAACAAAAGAAUGAUUUUGAUCUACCUGCUGCCAGUAAAAAUGUUGUUGGGCCAUAUGCCAACUGUUCAGCUCUUAAAAAAGUACGACCUUAUGCAGUUUGCUGAAGUAACAAAGGCUGUGAGUGAAGGCAAUCUUCUCCUCCUGAAUGAAGCUCUGACCAAGCAUGAGACCUUCUUCAUUCGAUGUGGAAUCUUUCUUAUCCUUGAGAAGCUGAAAAUCAUCACAUACAGAAAUCUCUUUAAGAAAGUAUAUUUACUACUCAAAACACAUCAGCUUUCCCUAGAUGCCUUUCUUUUUGCUCUGAAAUUCAUGCAAGUAGACGAUGUUGACAUUGAUGAAGUCCAGUGCAUUUUAGCUAACCUUAUAUACAUGGGUCAUAUUAAAGGCUAUAUAUCUCAUCAGCAUCAAAAACUUGUGGUCAGUAAGCAGAACCCAUUUCCUCCUCUGUCAACGGUGUGUUGAGUAUUGUGUCUUACUCAUGCAAGAACAGAUAUGCGACUUGCCCAGUGGAGCUGCUCCUCAUCAGCCAGAGAACAUUAUAAAUACCUGGUUCAUAUCCAGGGCUGGAAUACCAGGAACUGUUUGUGGCUCCUUUCCCAGAACGACCAAGGCUGCCAGUGUAACAAAGUGCAUGAACUCUUUUUCAGUAGUGGUCUCUUAAGGUUUUCUAGGUCAUUAAAAGUAUCUCCCGAGGAAAUAAAAGCAAAGCAUUCCAAAGAUCUCCCAACUACUUAAAAGCUUUUACAAAGUACUUUCUGUUACUGUUUCCACAUUUAUCCUUUGGAAAAUAAGUGGAUUACAUGUGGUAAUCCAUUAUUCAGAGCUGAAGUAAUAUUUUCUUUUUAUGAUUCCCAUUUUCUAAAUCUCUUCGAUGAUCUUGCUGGCCCAAGUAUGUUCUUCAAGCCUUCUCUAAGAACGAGAGAAGUUGCUCUUGACGCCAAAAGCUUGUCUAUGUCAUUGAUACAUAGAAGUUCAAGUAUAUGUGGGAUGUUUGCCUGUAGGUACUCAGGGAUAGCUUUGUUGGUUGUCCUACCAUUAAAAUUCCUUUAAUGUUUUGUUUAAAAUUUACUGUGAUGAACAAAAGAGUGCAUCUAAAUAACUUACCUGUAUUCUGUUUUAUUCUGCUUCCUGGGAAGAGACUGCCACCGGGUCCAAUGUUUUAAGUGUUCCUUCUGUUGUGUGUUUGUUCAGGGUUUUUUGUUCUCUUUUGGAAGUAGGAAAGAGGAGGGUUACAUUGUACCUGUUGGUUAUGAGGGGAUAGUUCUAGUGUUUUUUCAGUUUUUAGUUGUUUAUUUUUUUAAAGAAAAUAAAACAUUUUUCCCCCCUC